AUGGAAGAGGGAGAAACUAGAAAGGAGAAGGUGUCCUCCAACAAAAAAAGGAAAAGCGUCCCUGGGUUGGAAACAGAGGACAUUGUGAAGGAAAGUAGCGGAAUGGAGACGAACGAUUCUAACGGUGAAGACAGUUGGAAAGAUGAGGAGCUGGGUAACAAGGAAGAAAGUGGCGAUAAUGAGCCUGGUCAAGAAAGCCCUACCCUCAGUGAUUGCCCUAGUAAGGACAACAACCAUCUCAUGGAAGAAGUGGAUCCCAAGGACAAUGAGGAAACUGGUGUGAAUUUAGAGAAGGAAAUGAACAAAGACUUUGAGAAGGACUUGACUGAGGAUAGGGAUAGCGAGGACAAGGAAAGUGUUGCUUUUCUGUUUAAGUUCUGCUUGUAA